AUGGCAUCAUCCCACGAGAUCCUCCCCUGCACCCCAGCAGACACGCUUGAGAUGGCCCGUCUCGAACGCGCAGCUUACGGCCCCGAACCACUCACGCUUCUCAUGUUCGGCGAGCCUGCACCGUCCGCCAUCAAUGCGCGAGCAGAUAAAUUCGCCCAGAUGAUGGACCACCCUUUCUCGCGCUGGUGGAAAGUCAUGGCAGAUGAUGGCAAGAUAGCCGGCAUUGCGCUAUGGAAUUUCAGAACAGACGAGAACUGGAUUGAGCAGCUUGACGGACCCGAAAAGCCGAACGAGUACGUCGAGACGGGCGAGGAAGGGCUACCGGAGUCAGGGUAUGCGGCUCGCAGGGCAUUCUUCAAUUGGCUUUAUGGUGUCCGGAAGAGGAGGAUGGGCGGGAAACCACAUGUUUUGCUGAAUCUGCUUGCGGUGCAUCCGGAUUGUCAGCGGCGAGGCAUCGGCGGGGCGCUCGUGAAGCAUGGCCUUGAAGAGGCGAGGAAGUUGGGCAUGCCGACCUGGUUGGAGGCCUCGCCGGAAGGGUUCCCGCUUUACAAGGCACAUGGAUUUGAGAUCGUGGAGCCCGUAGCCUGGACGCUGGCGGAGUAUGGAGGAAAGGAAGAGGAUGGCAAGGUCGAGUCGUGGGGGAUGAUCAAGGAAGCUGCUUGA